GUUCAACGAGGACACGGCAUGCAAUGGGGCAACGCUCUCACGUCUUGUAAACGCCUGCCUCGACACCCGAGCCUCGUCUCGCGAAUACACACCGGCAACACCGCCCUACCCAUAAUCAACAUCCCCCGCUCCUCCAUCUACGACCUCGGCAGCAAAGACCCAGUCCUGCACGAUGUCUCCUGGACAGUCCACCCCGACGAGGCCUGGGCAGUUGUGAGCGACGGCGCAGCCUCCUCGCACCUCAAACCCGCGCUCUUCGGCGCCCUCAUGGGCACCCACCGCAUCUCCCCGCCGCCCCCUCCCCCAGGCGGGCUCUUCCCGUUCCUCGAGGAUGCGGACCCGCACAGGUGCGUGCAGAUGGUCCGCUUCGCGCACCGCGGGCGCGCGUCGGGGGACGGGUUCUAUGACUUCACGGCACGGUACGGCGCGGUGCGCGAGGAGGACAAGCGGACGCUGCGCGAGACGUUCUUCCCGUACAGCGCGCGGCCGCUGCACACGCUCGCGAUUCCUGCCUUUCACAAGCCGGAGAAGCGCGUGGACGAGGUGGAUGUGGGGAAGGAGGCAGACAGGGCGAAGAAGCAGGAAUUGUUUGAGACGAUUACGACCUGGCUGAAGUUGAAGGACCUGCUGGACUUGCCUAUGAUCGCGCUGAGCAAUGGACAGACGCGGAGGGCGAGGAUUGCGCAGGCCUUUCUCGCGAACCCGAGGUUGCUGCUGCUGGAUGAGCCCAUGACCGGACUCGACUUCAAAUCGCGAGGCAUACUCGUUGACCUGCUACAAGAGCUGAAGCAUAAACCCGACUCCCCGCAUGUCAUCAUGGGUCUGCGCGUGCAGGACCCGCUGCCGGACUGGACGACGCAUGUCGCGCUUAUCAAGGACGGCGGCGCGGUCCACACGGGGACGAAGGCAGACGUCUUUCCCUCCAGGUUCACUCCUGCGAUACCAGGAGCCUCAACCUCCACGAGCAUCUCCUCACCGGAGUCGAACUACGCGCCCCGACAGCACGGCGACCCAUUGAUAGACAUGGCCGGCGUCAGCGUGCAGUACGGUCCGCGCAGCGUGCUCUCCUCCAUCCAAUGGACGAUACGCGCGAAUUCACGCUGGCAUCUUAUCGGUGAAAACGGUGCAGGCAAGACGACGCUGCUGUCCCUUCUCACAGGCGAGCACCCCCAGUCUUACACCCAGUCGGACAACCUACGCCUCUUCGACCGGGAGCGCGCAGGCUGGGCGACGCCCCUCCUGCAUCGACGAAUUGGGCGGGUUUCCCCCGAACUCUUCAACGCGUUCCCGCGCCGGCACACGCUUACUGUCUGGGACGCCAUCGGUACCGGGUUCGAUGGCACCUUCCUGCCCAAAGGGAAACGGCGCGUCGGGAUCGCCGUGGAUGGCACACCGCUCGCGCCCGGCGCGCAGGAAGAAGAGUGGCGUCUCCAUCGCAUGCACGAGGUCAUGGGCGCGCUCGGGCCGCGACGGUGGCAUACACAUCCGGACAAGAUGACGGACGCACAGUUCUUCGCCCAGCCAUUCACAGAGCUCACGCCGGGUGAGCAGUCGCUAGUGCUGCUGAUGCGCGCGCUCGUGGGCGCGCCACCGCUGGUGUUGCUGGACGAAGCGUGGGCGGGGAUGGAUCGGGCGAUGGUGCAGGCUGCGCACGAGUAUUUGCAGGAUGGGGGAGGUGGUUUGACAGAAGAGCAGGCGUGUGUGGUUGUCAGCCAUUGGGAAGAGGAGGUUCCGUGGGGCCCUGAGCAGGGUGUUCAGAGGUAUAGGCUAGAUGGCGGGAAGGGGGAGCAGAUCUUCCCCAAGCCACAAUCUGCAUGAAUACCUACACAGAGAUCCCGCCGGCCUGCACGGCGAUGUCAUAUUGUGUUAUACAUUGGAUAUCCACAGGAUUACAGACUACCCUAGCGCUGUUCCUCAUUUCACAUACUGCUUCAAUAUCGACCCAUGCAAGUCCAAAGUGAUCUUCAGGGUAUCGUCGAACGGCGUCAGCUCCCUCCCCAGAACCUCCUGCAGAGUCGGAUCGACCACGCCCGCCUCGCCACGCGCGAGCGCCUUGUACGUGGUCGCCCACUGGCGCAGGAACUCCUCCUCGCCCUGUGGUCCGGGCUUG